AUGGCAGACGCCGCACCAGCAAAAUCCCCCGCCAAGAAGAAGGUUUCCAAACCCAAGACGGUUCCCGCCCAUCCCAAGUACAUCGAGAUGAUCAGCGCUGCUGUGGCUGCCCUGAAGGAGCGCGGAGGUUCCUCGAGACAAGCUAUUCUCAAGUACAUCAUGGGCAACUACAAAGUCGGUAAUGACGCCUCUAGUGUCAACACCCAUCUGAAGAUGGCCCUCAAGAACGGAGUCAAGAAGGGAGUUCUCAAACAGGCCAAGGGUACAGGUGCCAGUGGUUCCUUCAAGCUGGGAGAGAAGCCCAAGACGGAGAAGAAACCCAAGACCAAAAAAGUCACCAAACCUAAGGCUGCCAAGCCCAAGAAAACGACCAAACCCAAGAAGACAACCGGGGAGAAAAAGCCAACAGAAAAGAAAAAGGCUGCCCCCAGAAAACAGCUCGCUACCAAAGCUGCUCGUAAAAGCGCACCAGCCACGGGUGGCGUUAAGAAACCGCAUAGAUACAGGCCAGGAACUGUCGCCCUCCGUGAAAUUCGGAGAUACCAGAAGAGCACUGAGCUUCUCAUCAGGAAGCUGCCAUUCCAGCGCUUGGUCCGGGAAAUCGCUCAGGAUUUUAAGACCGACUUGCGUUUCCAGAGUUCAGCUGUCAUGGCUUUACAGGAAGCAAGCGAAGCUUACCUUGUUGGUCUCUUUGAGGACACCAACCUGUGCGCCAUUCACGCCAAGAGAGUAACCAUCAUGCCCAAAGACAUCCAGCUGGCCAGACGUAUUCGUGGAGAGCGUGCUUAA